AUGCCUUCUACGACCGUCAUGAAGCAGGGUCUCGCCACUGCUGUCCUUGCUGCACUUCCAUUGGCAGCUCGUGCUCAAGGUACUACACCUCCUAAGCUCACCGCUGCCUGUAAUGAUGUAGCAAUCUUCAUGGCUCGCGGCAAUGACGCCCCUUACCACGAUGGCCGUACCUCGCCCUUCAUCGAUGCCACCUGCGGAAAAUUCCAGGCCCAGGGCAACUCAUGUGACUACAUGGAUGUUGUCUUCGAUGCUACGCUAGGCGUCGAAUUCUGUCCUACGAUCCAGGAAGGUGCCGUCAACGGUAUCAGGCAAAUCACUGAGUACAACGCUCAAUGCCCGGAUACUUUGAUUGUGAUCAACGGCUACUCACAAGGUGCCAUGGUUUCCGGGGCUCUUCUGAGUGGCGGAGGCGACGACGCAUGCAACGUCGACUCCCAAACGCUCGGUCUUGACUCUACCUCGCAGGCUGGCCAAGCUGUCAAGGCAGCCCUUCUUUGGGGCGAUGUCAAGCACACUGCGAACCAGGUUUACAACGUUCUUGAUGGAGCGGAUAAGCAAGCUUGGCCCCGUACCGGCGCUAAUCUUGAGCGCCUGAACCGCUACUCUUCUGUCUUGAGGUCGUACUGCGGUGCCGGCGACCCUGUCUGCGCUAACGGAGAUGACGUUGCCCAGCAUCUGAACUACUUUGAGCUUUAUACCGAAGAGGCGUCGAGCUGGGUUGUGAGCAAGCUGUCACUUCUCCUGGCUAAGGCCUCAUCAUCUGCUGUGCCCUCCAGCUCGGCUAUCCCUACCCCCUCUUCCACAACCACCCUCAAGGACUCCACAACUGUCGUUACAUCGACUGAAACAAGCACGAUGGAGGUACCGAUUACCGUUACCAAGGAUGCCGAAACUACCACCUUCAAGCCAUCCACUAUGAUCUCAUCAUACGUCCCCAUCGUCACUGCCACGGCUUCAAACGUAACUUCUUCAACGAUCUCCGAGGCCGCUACUGCUUACCCUGUCGCCAUCCCUCACAAGCACUACAACGCAACCGUCCCAUACAGCAACUCUACCAUCCCUGUGUCGAGCACUCUCAUGACCGCCGACAAGCCUCACGAGACUACUUACCUGCCGGUUGAGGAGUCGCACGCUCCCGCUACCACCGAGGCACCAGAGCACUCAACUGUUGCUGCUGCUUGCCCACCAGCCACCGUAUACGAGACCGUUACUGACAUUGUAUACAAGUACGUAUAA